AUGGCUCCCAUCCCCGUCUACACUUCCUCGCCCAUUAACACCAACCUCCCUUCCCACCCACACGCCGCUUCACCCAGUACCGCGGCAGCACGCUACGCGCCUGGGGACAUUCAAGCGGCACCGACGACGACAACGAUAACGUCUCCGCAAGGUGCUUCUCCUUCGACCCAGCAAGCCCAACCCGGCGCGCCCGCUGUCCCGCAGCCAACAAAUACUGUCUCAAGCACUUACAAUCGCAGACUCGGGCCAACACCAACCGCCCCUCUCCCUACAAGUGCCACACGUGUGACCGACAGUCCUCCACCGCCGCAGCCUGGAGCGGCCCCUUUUCCACCUGAAAGUCAAUCUCCCAAGCUCUCGAUCCCGGCCCAACCGCGUCCUGGCGAAAUCCCGCAAUGGACUCCUUCGAGUGCUUCGCCUAUCCGCCACGCCGUACCGUCACCAACGCCUACUCACGCUCGCCCUGUGCCUCUACCUGCUCAUCAGCAGUCGUCUUCUCUUUACACUCCCUCUCGGUCCAUUCCCCCGGCGGGUGUGACCUCGACCUAUCCACAAGACCUGUCUCAUCCACCAGGGUAUAUGCAGGACUCACGGGCCUCGUUCGAAGAUAAACCAAUUGAGUUUUGCCAGCCGCUUGAGAACCGCGCCAGUCCUACAUCUUCACAUCGGGGUGGAAUACUGGAUGAUGAGCCUAUUCUGGACAGAGGGUUCGACAAUGAGUCAGGUGUGCUGAACAGUGCCAUAGCGUGGGCCAAAUCUGCAGGCAAGAGGCUCUCGAGGACCGAAGAGCAGAUAUGGAGGCAAUUUAACGGGGAAAGCGAUACCUAG